UCGGGACAGAGUCCUCUUUGGAUAGCCAGUUUCAAUGGUCACCAGAAAUGUGUGGGCUUACUAAUCGAUGCUGGAGCCAAUGUGGAUAUUCAAAACAAAGAUGGAGCAACUGCAUUGAUAGUGGCUGCUCACAAAGGUUAUUGUGGAGUUGUUAGAAUAUUGUUGGAGGCCAAGGCUGAUGUCCAUAUCAAGACUAAUAGAUUUUCCCAACUACAAGGCGUACACUGUACCUGACUUCUUCAAGAGUGACUGGCUGAAUGAAGUGUGGUCUGCAAGAUUGGAUGUCUCGGAUGAUUACAGAUUUGUAUACAUUGGUCCCAAAGGAACAUGGACUCCUUUUCAUGCUGAUGUGUUCAGAUCAUACAGCUGGUCUGCCAACGUGUGUGGUUGCAAAGAGUGGCUGCUCUUCCCACCGGGAGAGGAGGAGCUUCUCAAAGACAAGUUUGGUCAUCUGCCAUUCGACGUUACCAGUAGAGAGCUGGAGAAUAAAGAGCUGUAUCCUAAUGUACACAAAUCUUGUGGGCCCAUACGAGUCGUGCAGAGAUCAGGGGAGAUCAUCUUUGUUCCAAGUGGAUGGCAUCACCAAGUGAGAAACACUGAGGACACCCUCUCCAUUAAUCACAACUGGACUAACUCUUGUGGCAUUGGGUACAUGUGGUCACAUCUACAGAAUGAACUGGUAUUGGUAAAGCGGGAGUUGGAGGACUGUCGAUCAAUGGACAGCUGGGAGGAGCAAUGUCAGGUUGUGCUGAAGGCGAGUGCUGGGAUGGACUAUUGGGAGUUUGUGCAACUGCUCUCUAUCGUUGCUCUGUCAAGGCUGAAUCAACUCAAAGAAAUUCUCACCCCAACCUCGAAACUGUACAAAGGCUUCUUCUCACUGCACACACUGAUUCGAGAGACGUUAUCCAAUCCAUUGAAAGCUGUCACAUUUCUAGAAUCUUCCUCUGAAUUUGAGAAUACUAAAAAUGGAUAUGGCAUGCAUCUGGUUUUGUCUUCACUAAAAGAUGAAGGUGAAUCUCCCAGAAGAAUUUAACUGAACUGUUGCCCAAUUAUCAUAUUCAGAAGCUGUUUUGUGAAGAAUUGCCUAACAUUGAAGAAGAUAGAACAAUUCUAGUGUUGUUUAGACUAUAUGAAUUGUGCACUCUUUGUACUCUCAUUCCGAACGUAAUUAUGCUAUCCUC